AUGGCCAACAAUCGCAGACGCGCAGAUAUGAGGAUUGGCCUCCACCUCAUGCUGCUUCGGUGGAGACGUUGCUCACCUUUCCUAGAUCCUCCUGCCCAGCCCACGACCGUUCCUCGAGAGGCCGGUAAUCCUUUCGACGCCGCCUUUGAUCUCGAGCGCGGGUUCCAAGGACGCUUCCAGUCUAAGGAAGCGUUUGAGGAGUACCAACGCGAGUGCCUAGCGCAACGCAACGGCCAGGAUAAGGCGCAAGUGGACCUAGCCGACAGAGACGUGUGGCGCAAGAAGCUUUUCGGCGCCAUCCGCGACUUCUCUGAGGUGGAAAAUCAGGCUCGUCGAAAGGGUCAGAGCACCAGGGUGCAAGGUAUCGCUCAAGCCAGUGCUAGUCCGCAGUCAACUCAGCCGGAAGCCGCCCCUGUGUUUAUCGAGAACACACAUGUGAGAAGAGCCCGAGCUCUUGAAGAUGAUGAGGUUGAGAUGAUAUCUUACGAGCUUCUGGACAUAGUCGAAAAGGCUCACCAAGGCCAGGUCAACAUUGGCAACUGGGCUGAAGGCGGGCAAUGGACCUUCCAGCAGUAUCCAUCGUUUGCUUCCAGGGUGGAGGCGUUACUUCAUGCCUUGAAGAUCAACAAGGCCGUACCUGUCAGCUUUGCUGACCCAGACUAUAUUAUGAGAUGGGCUUGCGCUCCUGCCAAGGAGGUCGUGAAUUCCGAGGAAAACCUCCACGCUGCUGCGGUCAAGCGAGAGCAGCUGGCGAGUGCCAAGCGGAGAACAGAGGAGCCCGAGUGA